GUAUCUGUCUAUGCUGUACCGCAGCAUCUAAACCAAGUUGGGUAUGCCCUAAACACAGCAGUGAAACUUGUGGAAUUUUAUGAAAAAUACUUUUCAAUAGACUACCCUCUUGAAAAAUUAGAUUUGGUAGCAAUUCCUGAUUUUCAGUCCGGUGCAAUGGAAAACUGGGGCUUGAUCACCUUCCGAGAAACAACACUCUUGUUUGACAGUAAUACUUCUUCAGCAAGGGAUAAAAAGUUAAUAACUACAGUGAUAGCACAUGAGCUUGCCCAUCAGUGGUUUGGCAAUCUGGUAACGAUGGAAUGGUGGAAUGAUCUCUGGCUGAAUGAAGGAUUUGCUACUUUCAUGGAGUACUUUGCCAUGGAGGAGGUUUUUCCAGAAUUACAUUCAGAUGAAGAUUUCCUUAAUUUAAUUUUCAAGGCUAUGAUGAAAGAUUCCUUGAAUUCUUCACAUCCAGUCUCUUCAGCUGUUCAAUCUUCAGAGCAAAUUGAAGAAAUGUUUGAUGCACUUUCUUACAUCAAGGGGGCUUCACUUCUUUUGAUGCUGAAACACUAUCUCACUAAGGAUGUUUUCCAAGCUGGCAUUGAGGUUUACUUGCAUAAUCACAACUAUGGAUCUGCCCAGAGUGAUGACUUGUGGGACAGCAUGAAUGAGAUUACCAAUGGAACACUAGAUGUAAAAAAGUUGAUGAAAACUUGGAUUAUGCAUAAAGGAUUUCCUUUGGUCACUGUUGUGCGAAAGGGAAAGAUUAUUUCUGUACAACAAGAGAAAUUUUUGUAUCACGUGGAACCAGAAAACUGGACAUCAGAUGCAAGUUAUCUGUGGCAUAUUCCUCUCACCUACGUAACUAGUAGCUGCAACUUCACCCAUUGUACUAAUGCAUAUUUACUGGAUCAGAAGUCAGCUGUCAUUGAACUUCCAGAAGAGGUGGAAUGGAUAAAAUUCAAUGUGGACAUGAAUGGCUAUUACAUAGUACACUAUGCUGAAGACUGGAAAACACUGAUUGAUCUGUUGAAAAAAAAACACACUGCUUUGAGUCCUAAAGACAGAGCCAAUUUGAUCAACAAUAUCUUCAACCUUGCAGGUCUAGGAAAAGAGCCUCUGGAAAACGCCUUUGAGCUGAUUGAUUAUCUCAACAAAGAGAGCAGCACUGCACCGCUCACUCAAGCUUUGUUUCAGCUGAAUUUUAUAUACAGCCUCUUAGAGAAAAAGGGAGAACAACAACUGGCAUCACGAGUCAUGCAUAGAAUAGAGCACUUGCUUGGAGAUAAAAUUGAUCAACAGCAUUGGACAGAUGAUGGGACCCUGUCUGAACGAGAGCUCCGGUCAACACUGCUAGCUUUUGCCUGCACCCAUGACAUGAGAAACUGUAGAAAAACUGCCAGUGAGAUGUUUGAGAAGUGGAUGAAGUCUAAUGGAACAAUGAGUCUGCCUAGUGAUGUUAUGAAAGCCAUAUUUACAGCUGGAGCUAAAUCUAGUGAAGGCUGGGAAUUCCUCCUAAAGAUGUACUCCUCUUCAGUUUCUGAAGCAGAGAAAAGCAAAAUGAUUGAAGCCUUGGCCAGCACAGAAGAUGUCAGAAAGCUGAUCUGGUUAAUGCAGAACAGCCUUGAAGGAGAAAUCAUCAGGGCACAGGAGCUUUCACAUAUCAUAGCAACUGUUAGCCAGAGUUUGCCUGGAUAUUUGUUGGCCUGGGACUUUGUCAAAGAGAACUGGGAAAAGCUUACACGAAAGUUUCACCUAGGCUCAUAUACUAUCCAGAAUAUCAUUAGUUGGUCAACUUCUCAGUUUGCAACAAAGGCGCAUCUGCUUGAGGUCAAGUCAUUCUUUGAGUCAAAAUCAGAGGAGAGUUCUCAACUGCGUUGUGUAAAAGAGGCAAUUGACACAAUUCAGCUCAAUAUCCAGUGGAUGGAGAGGAACUUAGCAAAGCUACAAAAACUGCUGUAGUGCACUUAAUGCUGUGGUGUGUCGGUCAUUUAGGAGCUCUGUGGGCAGUUGCUGUGUUUCUUCUGCAAAAGCCAGGUUGAAACCAAGCAUCACUGCAACAUUAUUUGCACUAUUAAGGAGUCUAGAUCGCUCAGGGGAUAUCUCAGAUAAAUUUUUAUUUUCCUUGGAGCAUUUAUGAGCAAGAUUGAAGUAUUUAUUCUGAAACUGUUUUAGUCUAUAGACAAAACAUCUGCACAAAUGAUUAAAUAUAAUUUUAUAUUUGAAACAUAUGCCCU